AUGAUCCGUCUUGAAGGAAGAUGUAAUAGACUUGGCGCUCAAUCUUGCUCGGAGUGUGAUUGUCCCAACCCAGAGUACAGGUGUCGGGACUGCUUAGGGCCAGAGCUCUAUUGCUCACCUUGCAUCCUGUUAGCUCAUAAAUGGAAUGGUCAACACUUCGAGCGAAUCUCGCUGAAAACUCUGGGCCUUCACAUCCAGCUUGGCCACAUCACUGGCCAAAAAUGUCUUAAUCCUCGUCGUGCAUUCAAUGAUGAUUUUAUUGUUGUCGACACUCAUGGUAUACACGAACAGCUACUUCGAAUAUCGUGGUUUCCUUCGACAACGUCAGAUCCAAAAACCGCUGCGACAUUCCAUGUUCUUGAACACUACCACUUGCUCUCAUUCGAGUCAAAAGUAUCUGCCUUCGAAUUUUAUAAUGCGCUCAGCCGGAUGUCCGAUAACACUGGUUUACUUCCCAUCAAGGAUCGGUAUGAAUCAUUUACACGGAUGAUACGUGAGUGGCGCCACUUGAAGAUGCUUAAACGCUCGGGGCGAGGUCAUGAUCCCAGCGGUGUAGAUGGGACGGUUGAGGGUGAAUGUACUGUAUUGUGCCCGGCGUGCCCACACCCAGGGAAGAAUCUCCCUGCUGGUUGGAAAGAUGCUCCUAGACAGUGGCUAUAUGGACUAUUCCUUGCUAUAGAUGCGAACUUCCGCUUAAAACGCAAGGCUAUUUCAAACGACGGUGUUGACCCAAGCCUGAGUCAUGGAUGGGGUUAUUUCGUCGAGGACAAAGCAUAUAAGGACUUCCUGCACAGCGGUGCAGACAGUGUCCAGGAGAAGUCAACGUGUUCAAGUCACAACACUGUAAAUAUGGCCGAUACAAAAUCUAACCACGGACUCGCUACCACUGGUUUAGGUACGGUCGACUGUGCCCGUCACAACAUGAAACUGCCCAAUGCUGUCGGGGAUCUUCAAAAGGGUGAAAGAUAUAUUAACAUGGACUAUUUUUUUUUCUCGACACUUCGUCAUACUGCACUCGACAAUCUCAAUAUAUCCUACGAUAUCGCGUGCCAAUGGCACAAAAAGUUAUGGCACCGUAUGAGUGCCUUUCCGAUUUCGAUGCAUCUCUCACAUGCCGUCAAGACAAUCUCAUUUUUCUGCCAGACAUCAUUUUCGACUGACGGAGAAGCACCAGAACAUGGCUGGGCUAAUAUCAACCCCGUCACUUCAAGCACAAAAGAAAUGGGGCCUGGCGCACGGCGAGACACCCUUGACGACUACUUCGGAGACUUGAAUUGGAAAAAGGUUGUUGGACUAGGUCAUGCUAUGCUUUAUAAAAUAAAGAAUGCAUUGCCAGAGCGCGAGAACCAUCGUGAAGCAUUCGAGGACCUCAAUGAUGGUUUGCGAGGCGAAUAUGGUGCCGCCCUCAAACAAUGGAGAGAACAAGUCGAGGCUUGGGAGUACGACCCUACGCAGCCUAAUCCUUUCGAACGAAAAGCAGAAACUGUCACCAUGGCUUCGGUACGACUAGAACUAGCUAAGGAGGACGAGAGCGACCUUCGAACAGGAACUUGCCUCGCCCUACACGAGGACUGCACCCCUAGUGUAUUAAUUAGCACUGGCUUAGAACUUGAGGAACAACAACGGCGAAUGAAGGCAAACAGAGCUGGCCUCGGAGUCCAUGCAACAGAUAAUCAAGAAGGGAAGAUACUUCAGCGAAGAAAUGCUCUCCGACGCCGGAUUGAUGCCUGGGUGAAGAUACAGGAACUAUACCUGCCAUCACUCACUGGGCUACGUAUGAGCGAUCGUUCAGUAUCUGGCACCAUGACUGCUGCACCAGAAGCAGUCAAGCUCUGGCUGCCAUCCCAGAUCAGCAGGACUUCACCUUGCGACAGUCGUCUCCAAGCCAUCGAAUGGAAGCUGCGAUAUGCACAGGCUCACGAUGGACUUCGCUCUCUCCGUUCAAACUUACGUGCUCAGACUGCGGUCCUCAAGUACAAAGACCGCAACCUCCGUGGACAAGGAGCAAACACAAGGGCACGGAAUACGUUGAAAGCUGUUGAGGCGAGGAUUGAGGCUGCUGCCAGCACUUAUGAGCAUGCGCAUAGAGCCCUUGUGGUUCUUUCACCGCGAGUGAAUCAGACUGGGUGGCACUCAUCACUGCGACCGCUAGACCGAGGUGACAUCCGCUCGAUGACGGACUUAUUAUGGGGAGAAACAGAGGGAACAAGAAAGCUAUCGUGGAUUUGGAAUAUGCAGGAAGCGGCUGCCAGUGAGAUGGACAAGGACAAUGCCUUGGAAGGUAGGCGGCUCUUUAUUUUAUGGCUUCCCAGUCAGACUCACAGACAAUCAGACAUGCGAAUAGAAUGGUGCAAAGCCAGGGCACGGGCGAUGCGCUGGGCGGAAGAGGUGGAAUUGUUGAAGGAGGAGAUGCGAAGGAUUCUGCAAUUUUUGGCAUGGGAUGCGCAACGCUGGGAUGAAAGGGGCCUGGAAAACACGUUAGAGGAUGCAGGUGAAGAAGAAUGCGAGGGCCGUAUGGCAUAUGCCAAACGUCAAGCUUCCUUACAUCGAAUGCUUGCUGAGUCCUUCAAGACCAGCUGGACUGACACCUUGGCACUCGUGAACAUGUUUGACCACAGCUCGCUCAUUACUCAGCAAGACAUGGACUUGGAUACAUAG